AUGGCCACCACCGAAAUCCCCAAAACGAUGAAGGCCGUGCAAGUCACGGCUUUCAACACGCCCUACAAACUCACCACCGUCCCCGUCCCAGCCUCUCUCGGGCCCUACGACCUCCUCGUCAAAGUAGCCGUCGCGUCUUACUGCCACACCGACGGCAUGGUUUUCUCGGGCGUCUUCGGCACCGCCCUCCCCUGCACUGCCUCGCACGAGGGGUCCGGCACCGUCGUCCGCAUUGGCGAUUCCGUCCGCGACUUCGGGCCGGGAGACAGGGUCAUGUGCGGUCUGCCGCUACACCCCUGCGGAGAGUGCCCCGACUGCACCGGGCCCGAGACGUUUCGGCAGUACUGCACCAACAUCGACGGGCAUGUCGGCGUGCACGUGGACGGGUGUUUUGCCGAGUUCGUCAAGGUUGACUCGAGAAGCACCGUCGCCUUGCCCGAUGAGAUCUCAUUCCUGAGUGCGGCGCCGCUGGCGUGUGCCGGGAGGACGGUCUGGAGGGGCGUGUUGCAGGCCAGCCUCGACAAGGGGCAGUGGCUUGCCAUCAUUGGUUCGGGCGGCGGACUGGGGCAUUUGGGAGUGCAAAUGGCCAAGGCUUUGGGCCUGCGCGUCGUUGGGGUCGACGCUCGUGAUCAAGGGCUAGAGUUGACGAAGAAGAGCAACGCCGAUGUGGUCCUCGACGCGAGAAGGGAAAAGAAAGAAGUCGUCGAGGAAGUGCAAAAGGCAACGGGCGGGCUGGGUGCUGACGCAACGAUCAACCUGUCGGAUGCCAAUGGCGCGGCAGGCCUAGCAUGUGCCGUAACGAAGAUGCACGGCACCAUGAUCCAGAUUGCGCAGCCUGACGAUGUCAAGAUUCCGUUCCAUGAGCUGGUGUUUCGGGAUAUCCGAGUGAAAGGAAGCUUGCUGUGUUCAAAGAAGGAGAGCGAGGGUCUGGUAAAGCAUGUUGCGGAUCAUGGCAUCAAACUGGAGACGAAUGUGUUCCAUGGGCUUGACAAGAUUCAUGAACUCAUCGAGCUGGUGCAUACUGGUGGGAUGAGCGGGAAGGCCGUCAUAGUUGUCGAUGAGGGUCAAAUGAAGCGAGAGAAGCGACUCGGGGUCAAGUUUUGA